UGCGACUACCUUCGAUACACUGAAUCGCAAGUGUGUAGUUUCAACGAGCGGUGGCUAAAGGACAAACAUUCUUAGCUUUGCUUAAACUUUAUAUUUAAUCUUUUAUAUUUACGUCUCAAAGUAAUAGUCUUUUAUUGACUGAAAACACCAUCAGUUUAGGAUAUUUAGAACAAACUUGGUGUUGGAUCAGUAGUUCUCGAGAACACGGAAAUGUUUGCUGUAACUGCGUCACUCCGCUCAACUUUGCUGUUUGUAGGUGUCUUCAUGUUUGUAUCCGCAGACCAGAAAAACAUCACAGCUGAGUCUGGACAGGACGUCACUCUGACAUGUCAAGCUCCAAACAACAACAUCAUAGGUGUAGAGUGGAGCAGAGCUGACCUGGAAAACGAAUAUGUUCUUUUUUAUCGGGAUGGGCGAUUUGAUAAAGAAAACCAGCAUCCAUCUUUUAAGAACCGGGUGAAUCUGCAGGACAGACAGAUGAAGGAAGGAGACGUGUCUUUGAGUCUGAAGAAUGUGACGACUAAUGACAAUGGAACAUAUGAGUGUCGUGUCAAGACAGGAACAAAACGUAGAAAGAGAGCAAUUUUAAAUGAUAAACCCAUCAGCAUCAUCGCCCUGAGAGUUGUUGAUCCUCCAGGUCAGACAGGAGGACACACAGAGGAUGAAGAGAAGGAGGCAGGAUCUGUUGGACCGAUAGUUGGUCUGUCAGUUUCUGCUUUGCUUCUUGGUGCUGCUGUUGUUGGUUUUCUGAUCUUCAGAAAGCAUAAACAAAAUCCAAAUCAGAAUUCAUACCAGCCUCCUGCUGAA